AUGGCUAUCUCUCAAGAAACGGUGGACAGGAUCCAACGGUUCGCGGAAAGCCGAAAUAAUGCAUAUGCAGAGUACGGCCGUCAGCCGCUGGGUUCGUCAGCUCUCGAAGCCUACAAUCAUAAACUGGAUGAAACUCUCAAGGAGCUUCAAAAUCGGGUGAAGCGCCAGGAAGACGAAUUAAAGAAGUUGCGUGCGGCAAACAAAAUCAACUUCGCAAGCCUAAGAACAGAUAGCGUGGUCCGGAUUUCCCAGGCGCGGAGGGCCAAGAAAGCAUACGACACACUCCUCAAGUCCGACAAGGAACUUCCCAAUCCAAGAACCCCCCUGCCAUCGUUGAUUGCCAUCGACGAAGUCACGCAUCUAAUCAGAGAGAGCAAGAGCUAUGUAUCCCAGACUACAAAGAGUCUGUCGGCUGAUCGCCAGCGUCUGAAAGCGGAGGAGGCAAACCUGCAGGAUGCUCGACUCAUCGCGACUAAUCUGAAAGAGAGAAUUGAAAGGGUUCGCAAGGAGAAGUCUGCAGAGCAGGAGAAGUCGCCAUCGGAGUUGGCACAGAACGAGAUUAGGCAACAGCGUGAGAAGAACGAAAGGCUAGAAACGACGACCGAGAACCUGAAGGGUUCUCUUGACAAAUUUAUCGACAACACCCUUGCUGCGAUGCUGGCUGCAGAAGAUCUUGGCGGUCCAUCUGUCGGAGAUGCCUCAGAUAUUACAGACACGAUGCUCGAAGCCGGAUAUACGAACCAUGGAAGGCCCAAGAAGCCGAAAGCAGUUCUGCAACCAGGUGAUGAUGCCGGCCAGCAACGUAUCGAUGAGCUAGUCCGUCGACAGACAGGCCAGGAGCAAGUGCGAACGAUAUCGAACAAGAGAGGUGCGGCGGCUGCGGAGAUGCACGAGCUACUCGACCAACUCCUGGAAGCCGGGACGGGCUAUGUCGAACUCACACGCGACUCUGCAGCCUCGAGGUUCUUGGUCAAAGCAAAGGUUGCGCAGUUCCAUCCUCGCGACGCGAAGCGGCUACGAUUGAUAGACUUUGGACGUUCCUUGGAGGAUGAAUAA